GUAAAACAAUAAUCUGUUCGUCCGUCGUAAUGAUCUUUUUUGUCCGUUCGGAAGAUGGAUCCGUAAAGCGAGAAUACGCCGUGCGGUGAUGGAAUCCGUCAAAUUCCCAGUUGGUGCGAGGCGCGAGAAUUCGGUUCUGGAAUGUCUGUGGACGAAUGAGGUUCUGGUUGCAGUUUCCUUUGCGUGCGUAUGUUGACGAGUAUCGAUUUUUCCUAACAGUUCGGUUGUGGAAAGCCAGCACGAACAUAAUAAUUCCACCAGCAAUCAUCUGGAGAAGCAACAGAAGCAGCUGGUGUGUGAAACAUCCAGCGGCAGGUGCUGCUCGGCCAAUUAUUAUCGAUUGCGAAUGUGCGUGAUAGCAAGUGGUGUGAACAAGAGUGGUCAGUUUGGUUUGGGUUGAACUUAAAAGUGCAUUCUGCGUUCUGCUAGUGAGCCAGGCAGUCAGUACCUACCUAAGAACGACGACGAAGGAAAUCUUUCAACUGCAUCCAUCGCGGUACGUGUAAGCGGAUUCCGCCUGGAAGGAUCUAAAGGUUGUUUUCUGGGAGCCUGUCCCUCCCGUAGUCCUGCCGUGGGAGAUCUGUAAACAUACGGUCGUAGAUUCGACUGUGCAAGUUACCCGCAGUGAUAGUAUCCAUAUCUGCCGUUGCGCGUCACUACCACACUAGCUGCUGUGGAGAAACCGAUAGUAGUUGGCUUUGCAUUCUGGAUCGAACCUGUGGGAGGGGAAUAGGAAUACUCAUUCGUCAUUCCUAGCUCGUCAGAGCAACAGCUGCACUAGAACCGAUGCGCGCGCGGAGGCAUACAAAACUGUGAACGUGAGGUGAUGAUAACGAAUAGCCCGUUCGGAACGAGCCAAACGGGAGAGUGUUUGUUUUGAUUUCGAUUCAUUCAGAGGAAAAUCGCUUGCAUGCAGCAAUCUACGCCAGUGACUUGAAAUGAUUGGUUGAUGAAAAGUGAGCACAGACAGGUGGUUGAGAAAAUUGAGUUAAUCAGUGGAGAAGAGGCGUAGCGGUGGUGGUGGGUGUUUGAGCGUGCUUCUUUGAAGUGGGCGAUAUGGGAGGAUCAGUGAGCCAAGUGUUCCGGUCGGGAAGUGCAUUGCUGUCGAAAGGCGACGGCCACAAAGUAUCGGAGACAACGGUUGAUAAGGUGAACACCAUCUUCGAUGCACUCAGGGCAAAUCCAAAGAUUUCUAUUCAACGGCUGGAGCCACUAUUGCUGCAAAUACCGAAGUACGAAAACAUCCUAGCAAUACACGACGAAACGGGCUACAACUUGCUCCAAAAAAGCGUAGGAUUAAACCACAUAGAACUAGCCAGAUGGUUGCUGCAGCGGCACCGUCCAGAUGUAAAUAGGAGCUCAUGCUCGCUGCCACUUCACAUUGCAUGCCUAAAAGGGUAUGAGGAAUGCGUUGAACUGCUACUAAAACAUGGAGCCAGGAUCGAUACGGAAGCGAGGAUGUGUUUUCCCGGUGCCCAUUCGCACAACUGUGAAGAAAGUGGAAAAUACAAAAAUCAAGGAGACGACGUAGGCGUCUGCGAGCGGCCUAAUACCAAGCUGCAGAAUGCAGUCUGCUACGCCAUCGACGGGGACCAGAUCAAUGUGCUGAACAUCCUGGCCCAGAAAAUGGAGGAACCGUGGAUGCCCUUCCGGGUGCGGAAACCAUUGCUGCACAUCGCUUGCGAGCGUGGUGCCUGGAAGUGUGUCCAGCAUCUGGUCCAAACCCGUUCGGACGAGAUCAACCUCAUCAAGGAUGAGUACUAUCCCAUCCAUCAGGCUGUGCUACACGAUGGACGCUUCCUGGAGCUGCUAAUCCAGCAUGGUGCCAUUACGACGGUGCGCACGUGCACCCAGCAGAUGACGCUGCUGCAUGUCGUUAUCCUAGCGGCGAGGAAAUCCGCCGAAGAUACCCUCAACACUAUCCGAAUACUGCUGGAACGUGGCUGUAAAGAGCUAAUCAAUAGUCCAGACUCGCUCGGCAAUACUCCACUGCAUGCGAUCAUCGUCCGGUAUGCGCUAGAGGAGGCAAGGUAUGGCUACGACAAGUGGAACAAGUGGGACGUGCUGCAUCUGGUGCGUUUCCUGCUGCAGAACGGUGCUAAAAGCUCAAUCAACCAGGCCGGCAACAGUGCGCUGGCCUGCGUCUUUCGCCAUAUUAGAGACUGGGAAGUGUGCUACGAGCUGCUGAAUAUGUUGAUAAAGGAAGGAGGGGAUCCAAACAUUGUGGGACGAGAUGGAUCGGUUCCGAUUAUGGUCUGCCUAGUGCCCUUGAUCAACAAAGAUCCACUACACCACUUUACUCAUUCGAUGAAGGUGUGCUAUCUGAACUGCAUUCGAAUACUGUUGCAGAAUGGUGCCAACCCGAACUGCUCGUACCGCUCGAAUCUCACGCCACUGCACGUGUUGAUUUUUACCGUGUCGGAAAAUUUUACCCUCAACUGUGAUACGCAGAAGCGCGCCAAUUUUGAUUUUAUCAAAAAUAUUCUGAUAUUGCUGCUGCAGUAUGGACUGGACUGCAACAUCACGUCCCAGCACAUCCUGCAGUCGGUGAUCGAUAUGAUCGUGAACGUGCGUACCUGUCCGGAUAUCCUGUGCGUGUACGAGCUGCUGCUGGUGCUGAUCCAGUAUGGAACCGACCCGAACAUCACCCUGAGCAAUAAGCUGAUGAUGAGUGGCAGCAGUAGUUCGUCGAUGAACUAUGUAAAUGAUUUCAUAAAUUUCGGUGGAAUGCGAGCCGUUGGAGGAGGUGACGUUGCAGGACCAAGUGGGAGUGUAACUGCCGGCCCGUCGACUGCCAACGUUGCCGGACCAGCCAGCAAUGGCAACGGAAGCGACAAUCUACGUAGCUCGUUCCGAAACAAUGCACGCAACUAUCUACUGUUCUAUUACAUUAUGCUCAUCACGCGAAAGGAGUUCAUCCUGCUCGAUCGCGAGCAAACCUACCAACGUAUUAUCUAUCUAUUUUACUACUCGAUGAAGCACGAUACGCUAUUCAACUGCCUCAAAUCGCUGCACAAUCUGUUUAUAGCGCAGGUCCCGAACAAAUCUAUUGACAACCUGAGGCAUCUGAUAAUCACCCUCUACAAGAAGCCUCGCAGUUUGAAACAACUCUGUCGCGUUUGUAUAUACAAUAGCCUAAACAAGAAGCUGGCACCGAGCAUAAACAGGCUCAACCUACCACUUCCACUAAAGGAGUACGUACUGAACUUUGAAGGGUAGACAAAACGGGUCGAUGCACUAUACAGCAGCUCCGUAAUACACCCCCCCCCCUCCCAUAAUCUCUCUCUCUAUGAAUAUAAAUGUCCGCGUUUUUCAGUGUUAGAUAUUGUGUAAAUAAGAAAUAAAUCAAUCUUAUCAAUGCGAGGUUAAAUAAAAAAAAAAAAAAACAAACAAACAAACAAUCACUACCAGAUGCUGAAACAGGAUAACAUAGCAAGGUCUCUUAUAAUAACAACUCAAAUGAAGCAAACGUUAACUGAUUACAGGUGAAAUAGGAAAAAAAGAAA